AUGGCACUGGGAGUGGCCCUCAGCAUUUUUUUGGCACUCUUGUUGUCUUGCCUGCUCAUCUUGACCUCCUGGAAGCUAACUAGUAAGGGAGGAAAGCUGCCCCCUGGACCCGCACCAAUACCGUUUUUGGGGAACCUGUUACAAGUCCACAUUGAUGGCCCACUUCAGUCCUUCCUGAAGGAAGCCCUAGUAGACCAGGCAGAUGACUUCAGUGGCCGUGGUGAAAUGCCUACAAUAGAGAAGAAUUUCCAAGGUCAUGGUAAUUUAGGUAUGUCCAGUGGAGAACGAUGGAAGAUUCUCCGGCGUUUUUCCCUGACUGUCCUUCGAAACUUUGGGAUGGGGAAGUGGAGCAUCGAGGAACGGAUCAAGGAGGAAGCUGGCUACCUACUGGAGGAAUUCCAUAAUACCAAGGGCGCUCCCAUAGAACCCACCUUGUACCUGAGCCGCACUGUAUCCAAUGUCAUCUGUUCCGUUGUCUUUGGAAAACGCUUCGACUAUGAGGACGAGCUUUUCCAGAGUCUAAUGAAGAUGAUCAACGAGAGCUUUGUGGAGAUGAGCAUGCCCUGGGCACAGUUAUAUGACAUGUACGGGAGAGUCCUGCAGUAUUUUCCAGGAAGACACAACCACCUCUAUACCUUGAUAGAAAACCUUAAGGACUUCAUUGCAUCCAGGGUCAAGAUCAAUGAAGCAUCCUUCGACCCCUCAGACCCUAGGGACUUCAUUGACUGCUUUCUCAUCAAGAUAUAUGAGGAUAAAAGCAAUCCCCACUCAGAAUUCAACCUCAAGAACUUGGUCCUCACCACCCUUAACCUCUUCUUUGCUGGCACGGAAACGGUGAGCUCCACAUUGCGCUACGGAUUCUUGCUGCUGAUGAAGUAUCCCGAGGUGGAGGCCAAGAUUCUCGAGGAGAUUAACCAGGUGAUCGGAAUGCACCGUGCUCCAAAACUGGAUGACCGGGCUAAGAUGCCGUACACUGAUGCUGUCAUCCAUGAGAUACAGAGGGUGACAGACGUUGUGCCUCUGGGUGUCCCCCAUAAUGUCACACGGGACACUCAUUUCCGAGGCUACUUUCUGCCCAAGUCCAAAACUCUGUUUGUCUCCCAAGGUACGGAUGUGUAUCCACUGAUUGGCUCGGUCCUCAGAGAUCCCAAGUACUUCCGCUACCCGGAUGCUUUUUAUCCUCAGCAUUUUCUGGAUGAGCAGGGACACUUCAAGAAGAAUGACACCUUUGUGGUCUUUUCCUCUGGAAAGCACAGAUGCGUGGGGGAGGCGCUGGCUAACAUGGAGCUUUUCAUCUACUUCACCUCCAUCCUUCAGAAGUUCUCCUUACGGUCCCUAGUGCCUCCUGCUGAGAUUGACAUCGCUCAUAGGAUCUCAGGCUUUGGCAACAUUGCCCCCAUCUACAAGCUCUGUCUGGUGGCCCACUGA